AUGACGAACAAGAAGCCUACUUGGUCCUCCUCGGCGUCCGCCUGCUCCGGGGGCUCCCGCAUUGGGCUACCCUGCGCGGUGGCGAACCAGAAGAAGAAGAAGAGGGCCAGGAGCGACGCCGUCGUUGUCCCGGCGAGGGGGUCAUCCGUGUACAGAGGCGUGAGCAGGCACUGCGCCUCGGGAAAGUACGAGGUGCACCUGUGGGACAGGCAUUACCGGAGCACGGCUGAGAACAGGAGAGGCAGGCAAGGAGCUUAUGACACCGAAGAGGCUGCAGCUCGCACCUAUGAUCUCGCGGCGCUCAAGUACUGGGGUGCACAGUGCGGCGGCCUCCUCCUUAACUUCCCGGUGGACACGUACAAGGACGAGCUGGAGAGGAUGCAACGCGUGACCAGAGAGGAGUACGUGGCCAUACUCAGGCGCGACAGCAGUGGCUUCACCAGAGGCGCCUCCAAGUACAGGGGAGUAGCAAAGCAUCACAAGAAGGGCCGGUGGGAGGCGAGGAUAGGCUGCGGUAGCGGCAGCGGCAGCGGCGGCGGCAAGAGAUACCUCUACUUGGGGAUAUUCAGUGUGUUCUCUAUCGUUCUGUCCUUGCAAGUUCGCUCUACUAGUAGUACGUUUCUGUGGCUCAUCUCAAGAAACGGCACUCUGAAUCUGCAUGCAGUUACCCAGGAAGAGGCGGCCCGGGCCUACGACCUCGCGGCGAUACAACUCCGGGGCCUCGCCGCGGUCACCAACUUCGACGUCGAUUCCUACUACGUGGACCAGCAGCUGCAGCCGCCCCUCUGCAAGGUCGACCCAGACCCUGAACCGGCAGGGCAACUGCUGCUGCCCAAGGUCGAGCCCAAGGAGGAAGAGCCCGAGCCCGGGCCAGUGCUCCGGGACGACGUGGACGACGUCGACUGCGCCAUCGCCGAGGUACUGCAGGCGCUCUGCAUGGACCGCGCCGACUUCGAGGCCAGGUACCCGCCCCGCGGCGCGCCCGGAUGGUGGCCGUCUGACGACGACUUGCGCGAGCUGCCGGCUGACGUGGGCUUCGAGGACGACAUCGAGAGCGUGCUCUUCGACGCGCCGCCCGCCGCCUGAGUUUUGGUCUCCUGUCCUGCGCAGCCGCCAGCCCGCCAUGCCCAGCUCGCAGGAUGGUGAUGGACGUGAGCUGUUUGUGCCGGUGCAUUGCAUGCGUGUCCGUGUCUCAGCCUCUCAGGCAUGUAGGUAGGUAGUACACGCGGUAAAUAGCUGUGGGCAAUGGCGAAGUGUGGUUAAUUUUGGGGUGGCAGCGGCGUCAUGGCCGGCCGGUAACCGCCUUGUAGCAUGUGAAAG